CCGAGGUGAAUGGUGGGCGUCGGCGGUCGUGGGUGCGGUGGGUACCUUGCGCGUCUCUGGCGCGUUGAUGGUCUGUACCGCGCGAAACGGCGAAACGGGUCGCAGCAGCCACAAUGCGGCAAAGCGCCCUCGUGGCGCUCUUGUGGCUCGUUCCUGCUGUCGCUCAGGAGCUCGUCAACCCACAGGCGACCAACCAAGUGUUUGGGGCGAUUUGGGUCAAGGGCGUGAAAAUCACGUCCGAUGCGCUCAUCGGGUCGUGCUUUCAAGGCUACGGGCUUCCGGGCUGCUCGAACGGCAAUGGGACGUCGCAGCACUAUGGCAUCUCCAACCAGCUCGUACCUGGCCGGUCGUACUGCCUCCAAUGCUGCAGCAACCCGACACCUACAGGGAACGACGAGACAUGGGACCUCGCUUGUCCGCUCACGCUGCUCCAGCAGUCGGUCAUCAUCAACGACAUUAGCAAGGAGUACGUCUUUGCGCGCCGCCGCAACCUCACCGACACGGGGCUGGUCGUGUGCCAAUGGCCAAAGCGCACCAAGGGACUGUACCUUGUCGGGUAUACGCUCGAGCUCGUUGUGACCGAGUACAGCGCGUCGAGCGGCGCGGUGUUUUGGGUCGGCGUCGACGCGUGCUCGGUCACCGCCAUCGAGUCGACCGCGCUGCCGACGACAUUUACCGAGAGCAUUCGCAUGGUGUCGGUGCGUCCAGCGUACACGCCGUCGCCGUAUUGGUACUUUGCGCUCGGCGGCUUCCUGAUCGCGACGCUCUUUGUGGCGUACGUCGGGUACCGCGGCUACAUGCGCAACGAGCACUGCGUCAACUGCGCGUCCAAGCUCGUGUUCUUCCACUCGCUCUGCCUCCUCUGCAUUCUCUGCGGCUGUCGCCUCCGUGCGCCGCCGCCCAAGGUCUUUUGCAUCGAAGCAUACGAGGCGGAGCUCGCAGCGCGUGCGAGCGACGCUUCCAGCGUGAGCAGUGACGCGUAGCGACCCGUGUAUAUAUUAAUUUAUUCCUUUCCCA